AUGAUCUCCUCCAUUGCUAGUAUCACAUUACUGCUCUUGGCCGCUCAGGCCCAGGCCCAGGCGUAUUCCAAGCCAAGGAUUCAACUGCCUUGGGGAUCGUAUGAAGCAACCACUUCUAAUACCGAGGCUGGUUACCAUGUCUUCCAGAACGUGCGGUUUGGCAAAUCGCCCACGGGGCCCGGCCGCUUCAAUCUUCCAAGCUUCCCAGACCCCGUUCGCAAUCCUAUGCAAAUCCGGCACGAGGAAGGCCAUACCUGUUUUCAGGUAGAUACAUUCAACAAUCAUUGCGAAGGAGCCGCGCAGACGUCUCCAAAAUCAUCACCGGCACCUCUUCUUGGGAGAUCGGUCAGUCCAGUUACCGAGGGCGAGGAUUGCCUAUUUCUAGACAUUUACGUACCCGAUGGCUUCAAGCCUGGGGUACCAGAUAUCCCUGUCAUUGUUUGGUUUUAUGGAGGUGGAUUCAUGUUUGGCACAAAAGAUCAAGACGCAUACUGGGGCCUCCCAGACCAUCUUCUCUACAGCGGCGACGGGUUUAUGGCUGCGGCCAAGUCAAUCAACCAGAAGGCCAUCUAUGUGGUAGGUAAUUACAGGCUGGGAGCUUUUGGCUGGCUUGCGGGUAAAACCAUGGAGCACCACGCUACGCAACACAACGCGGUGCCAAAUGCCGGACUAUAUGAUCAACGAUUAGUUCUCCAGUUCGUCCAGCAGUAUAUCCACUUGUUGGGUGGUGACAAGAACAGCGUCAGUGUCUGGGCCGAGUCUGCAGGUGCCGGCUCCGUCCUACACCAUCUCGUUGCCGACUGGUCCCAGACACCGGGACCUUCUGAUCCCCUGUUCAAGAGAGUAUUUCUUCAGAGUCCGAGCUAUCAAUGGCAGUGGGAUAACUCCGCAGACGGGGUGCUGGAAGCUACGUACAACAACUUCACCAAGUUGGCAGAAUGCUCGGAUCUUACCUGCUUGCAACAGAAGCCCGCGGAAGACUUGGCAAAGGCCAACCGAGAGCUCUACGACAUAACGAAAUGUACCGGGAAGAAAUACACCGUCGCUGCCGUUGACGGUAAACUGAUCAAGGAGCUCCCCAUAGUCACAUUUUCACAAGGUUUCGCGAAUCCUUACGUCGAUUCUCUUAUAGUCUCCCAUGUUCAGGACGAAAGCAUCGGCAUGGCCCCAGACUACGUUAAAGACGAAGCCGGAUUCCAACAGUUCCUGGAGAUUACAUUCCCAGGACCGAGCAUGGAGUCCGCCCGACAGGACAUUACUUCGCAGUACUCCGGCAUCACCGACCCCUACAAGCGCGCCGCCAUCGCCGUCCGCGACUUCUCCUUCACCUGCAACUGCCGCCAGCUUUUAGACGUCUACAACGCCAUCUCAAAACCCGUCUACUUGAUGUCGUACCGCUUCGCCGAAGAGUUCGGCAUCGCCGUCCACACCUCCGACCUCAUCCCCUUGUUCUGGAAGCCCGGUGUCGCCUUCUCCGAAUUCUCCAAGGAAUUUGCCCUCUACGACCACGUCGAUGCUGCCGAGAUGCGUAUCAUCGACGCCAUGUUCCCGGCCUUCGCCAAGGCUUAUCAGAACUACAUCAUCUCGCAUGCCGUUUCAGGAAAUCCCAAUAAGUACAAAGUCGACAGCACCAAGCUGGAUUGGCCCGCUGCCGUGUUCGGCGAUACCAUCUCGGAUGUUCUGUCGAUGAAUCGCAAGUCUUGGUACCUCACCACCGACGACCAGGACACAGCUGAGAUUUGCGACUUCUGGGCCAAGCUGGCAACGGAGCAUACGGUGAAUGUGGCAGGGCAGAAGGCGGAUGAAAACCGCUUUGUCGUCCAGCAGGCUCCAGUGGUGGAUCUGUAG